AUGGGUUUCUCCGUCCAGCUGACAGCAGUCAUUUUCAUCUUGGUAUUGGUAUCUACACACCAUCCCACGGCAGGUGGUGGCCAUGAUCCACUGCUUGUCUUGGAUGGGUAUGAGAAUGAUGGUAUUCGACUCAAAUGUUUCUCUGAGAGGUUGUUUUCUGAAGUUCAGGUGUUGUGGACAGAUGGUAGAGGAGACAAUGUCACUGGGACACCUCUAACCACCAACACCACCACUGCUAAUGCCAGCAGCACCAUCAUUCUAAAACCAGGGUCUGGAAACUCUGUGUCCUGCAAAAUAAUUGAUAAACUGUUGAAAACAUCAACAGAAUCUUCAGUUGUCAUUGCAGAAAAUCAGGAUAUGUUGUACAAAAUUGGUAAGGAUAACAAAGUACAGAAAGAACUGGAGUUCAGGAGAGCUCAUAGCAAUGCAGUUAAUAUCACUCUGGAUGAGAACUGCAAACAUCCCAACCUCACCAUUAAGGAGAAAAACAGAGUCAUGUCCUCCACCCAGGAAGCAAUCCUGCCCAGAGAGAUGGUGGUAGCUACUGAAGGGUUUUCAGAAAUGAAACAUUACUGGGAAGUGGAGGUGCGGGAGAAAUCAGAGUGGGAGCUGGGGGUGGUGUGUGAGGAAAUCAGGAAUACACUGAGAAGCAACAUGAUGAAUACUCUACCAAAGGGGAAUUUACUCAGUCUACGGUUUUCUAAGGGAGAAUACAGCUUAACUGGUGGGAAAGGUAGAAGAAAUAGCAAGCCCUGCAGCGUGGUAGGUGUUUUCCUGGAUCAGGAUUUUAACACACUUUCAUUCUUUGAUGCUGAAGGAAAGUGCCUUCUUGAGUCUCUUUCUUUUGAGUUUUCUGGGAACCUGUACCCAUUUUUCUGUCCAGGCUCUGAUGGCAAAUGGUUGGGAGUACGGCCUGCAUGA